CUCCCCGCGUGCGCCUCAAUCUAGCGCUCCUUCAACGCGCGCACGCGCGCCCGCAGCUCGACUCUAUUUCCUCUGCUCUCCUCUCUUCAUCUCUCAUCUCCACUCCUAUCUUCAUCCCUCCUCGCUCCAUCUCUCCGUUUUUCUCCUGUCUUUAUCUCUCUUCAUCUCUCCACAUCUCUCCACUCCUCCGCUGUGUUUGCGCGUCUCCGGUUUUUCUUGUCCGAGCGCGCGAGCAGUGGGGCAGCGAGAGGAGUGACGGAGCGCGUGGGGCGCAUCCUGGCCGCGUGACACACACACACGCACGCACAAGGCGCGCGCGCGUCCGCACGCCCAAGCGUGAUUUCGACUGGAAGAUCAGAACAUAAACACUGGACGAGUUUUUUUUUUCUUCUUUUCUUUUUUUCCCCUGCGAAAAUCGGAAACUCAACUCCGAGACUCCUGAUCAGCUCGUGCUUCAUCUCCAAAAGAAGAAGAAGAGGAGAUGUUCCCUCAAUUCGCUUUCAUUUCCCUGCUGGUUUUCUGUGUCUCAGGUUUCGGAUCUUGUGCUGUGUUCCUUCAGCAGCCCCAUGAUGUGGUGGUGGUGGCAGGGCAGCCUGUAACUCUAGCGUGUGCAAUCACCGGCUACCAUGGCAUGGUCCUGUGGGUCAAAGACGGCCUGGCCCUUGGAGUUAAUCGGGACAUGUCAGGAUACCCUCGAUACGACGUAGUGGGUGAUCACAGCAAAGGCGAGUACCACCUUCUGAUCCAGCGGACAGAGCUUGGGGACGAUGGGAGCUUUGAGUGUCAGGGGAUCCAGGCAGGCAUCAGGUCUCGUCCCGCUCGCCUCACCGUUUUAGUUCCCCCAGAUGACCCGGUGAUCACUGGAGCACCCGUGGUGAGUCUGAGAGCUGGUGACCCGCUGAACUUGACGUGUCACGCCGACAACGCCAAGCCGGCAGCUUCCAUCAUCUGGAUCCGUAACGGAGAGGUGCUCAAUGGUGCAAUGUACUCCAAGACACUGUUGCGUGACGGCCACAGAGAGAGCACGGUCAGCACGCUGUACGUCUCGGCAUCCAACAUCGAGAGCGGCCAACGCAUCACAUGCCGAGCGUCCAACAAAGCAGCACCCAACGGAAAGGAGGCCACGGUCACCAUCGACAUCCAGCAUCUUCCUCUGGUGAACCUCUCUGUGGAGCCACAGCCGAUCCUGGAAGGAAAUACGGUCAGGUUUCACUGCUCAGCCAAGGCCAAUCCACCUGUCACUCAGUACAGAUGGGCUAAAGGCGGCACUGUGAUCAGGGAUGCUGUUGGAGAGGCGUACGAGGUGGCAGUGGAUCACUCGUUCUUCACCGAGCCGGUUUCCUGCGAGGUCACGAACGCGCUCGGGAGCACCAAUAUCAGCCGCAAUGUCGACGUGUACUUCGGACCCCGUCUCGCAGCCGAACCUCAGUCCCUGCAGGUGGAUUUGGGCUCGGAAGCUGUCUUUAACUGCGCCUGGAUGGGAAAUCCUUCACUCACCAUCGUGUGGAUGAAACGAGGCCAUGGAGUGGUGCUAAGCAAUGAGAACACAUUUACCUUGAGGGCCGUGAAACCGGAGGAUGCAGGGAAAUACAUCUGCCGUGCAGUGGUUCCUCGGGUCGGAGUUGGGGAGAAGGUGGUGACUCUUACCGUGAAUGGUCCUCCUACUAUCUCCAGCACCCAGACUCAGCAGGCUCUGUACGGAGAGAAAGGCCAGAUCAAGUGUUUCAUCCGCAGCACUCCUCCUCCGGAUCGCAUUGCUUGGUCCUGGAAGGAGACAGUGUUGGAGUCGGGAACGUCAGGAAGAUACACGGUGGAGACAGUGAGCACGGAGGAAGGCGUCAUCUCCACUCUGACCAUGAGCAACAUCGUCCCUGCCGACUUCCAGACCAUUUACAACUGCACAGCCUGGAACAGCUUCGGCUCUGACACUGAGAUCAUUCGCCUCAAGGAACAAGGGUCCCUGCGCUUGGCCGUCAUCAUCGGGGUCGCGGUGGGAGCUUUCCUGGCGCUCAUCGUCCUCAUGGGGACCCUUGGGGCUUUCUGCUGCGCUCGCCUGCAGAGGAAAGACAUGCACCUGGUAAUGUCCUCACUGCCCGUCUCGCUCUCUGCACGCCAGAAAGAACUCUCGAGCACAAUUAAGGCUGAAAGUCUCAAAGGGGUCGUCUCAGCAAAAAAUGACAUCCGGGUAGAGAUCGUUCACAAGGAUCAUAACGCGUCGAGGGAGACGGAGGAGCACGCGGGCGUGAAGCAGAUGAUGAUGGAGCGUGGGGAGUUCCAGCAAGAAUCGGUGUUGAAGCAGCUGGAAGUCCUACAGGAAGAGGAGGAGGAGUUCCAGCACAUUAAGGAUCCGACUAACGGCUACUACAGCGUGAACACCUUCAAAGAACACAACGCCACCACGUCGGCUGAAGCCCGCAACCCAUCCGGAGCAGCAACGCUUGGUAAACAGCGAGUCCCCACAGGCAUGUCCUUCACAAACAUCUACUCCACGCUGGGAGCUGCACCCAACCACCGUCUGUACGACUACGGUGGCCGAUUUGUGCUGGCCAUGGGCUCUAGCUCCAUUGAGCUGUGCGAGCGUGAACUCAGCGAUUCCGGAUCGUUCCAGGACGCCCCGUGCGACAGCAGCGCGAGCAGUUACUUCGACAAAGCCAGCAAGGCUUCGGCUUCGUCCUCGACGCACAACUCGCAGUCGUCCUCGCAGAACUCGGACCUGACGCGGCCGCUCCAGAAACGUAUGCUCACUCACGUCUGAGCCCGAGAACAAACUUUCAUGGAAAUCUUUGCCUGGAUGACGUGAAAUCUGUCUGUAUUUUCUAACAAGCAAUGUGUUUUGUACGUUUUACUGAGCCUGUUGUUCCGCACAGACACAUGCUGUUCCAUGACAAUCAGGAUUCCAUUCUUACGUUUGACGGUUGAUUUUAUCUUUAAUUCCGUAACUUUUUUCUUCACACGUCAUUCCAUGACAAUCAGGACUCCAUUGUUACUGUUUUUUGGGAUUUGUACACAUUUUCUCUCAAAUCUGUUCAGUUUCUGUCUUCUAUCAUCUCUGCUCUAAAUGCACGAGAAUCACACGCCUGGGAUUGGCUAGUGUUGCUGUGAUUGACAGGUGAGAGAGGGUGUUAGCCCCACCCACUAAGACAGGACAACUAAUUUCACUCUUGGACUCCAGACGUCUGGCUGAGAGAUCGUCAGGACUGAAUCCUGCAAGCUUUUGAACAGUUACCAGGAACUCAUUUCUUUAUUGUAUAUUCUUCUCCCUCUUUACGUUCCUCAUCGUGACACUUUGGACGAGUGUUUUAAAACUCAUUUUGCAUGGCAGAUGCAGAUCGUGUGAUGUUUACAUAUCGGGGGCGUGAGCGGUGUGAAGGUUUGGGGGGGGAGGGGGAAAAGGUUGUCUGAAAUCACCUACUCAAUGUGAACUUUCUUAACUGACCUCAAGCGCUUAAUCCAAGUGUGUACUUUGUUUUUGUUUUUUUUUCUAUUUCAGCUUACAGCGUGUUGUUUACACUCAAGCUCUGUAAAUCCGGCCUUUCCGUGCAAGUCUACUGUAACGUUGUCAGCUUGAUGGAUUGAUGGGACUCUUUUCUUCUUCUUCUUCUUCUUCUUCUUCUCCUUCUUUUUUUAAAUACUUACACAGGAUAUAAGACGGACGUAUGUUUAAGGUCGCUGUUUUAAGCGAGCCUGCCAUGUCUGGCAUUUGGUCGGAGCAUCAAGUGCCUCCUUUCGGCAGCUCUGGGCGGAUGCUUUUUUGUUUACUUUUUUUUUUGGUGUGACUGAAAACGAUUGCAGUCGAACUGAUUUAGAUGAUCAUAAAGGGCGAAAAGUAACUG